AUGUCGUAUGAACCUCUACAGACCCUUACGGCUCCUCAAACCUCAGCCGAUCAGCAAGGCAUUGAGAACGAUCAUGCCGACCCAGCGACACCUUGGAAGACUCAAGGCUGGCGCUUUUGGGCCGUCUUUCCCGGACUCUGUCUCGCUAUGCUGUUGACAGGCUUGGAUGCAUCCAUCCUCGCCACGUCGUUGCCAACCAUUGUCUCUGACCUUCACGGCGGCGCACUCUACAUCUGGACCAUGAACGGAUACUUCCUCACUACUGCCGUUGUCCAACCAUUGAUGGGGCAAGCUGCCGACAUCUUUGGCAGGAGAAUUCCUAUGCUCGUGGCUCUAUCAUUGUUCACACUCGGGAGUGGACUUUGCGGCGAGUCGACUUCUUUACCUAUGCUUAUUGCCGCGCGCCUCAUUCAGGGCUUUGGGGGAGGAGGCCUGUUUGUCAUGACGGAUACCAUCAUCGCCGACCUUACCCCUUUGCGCGAUCGCAUGAAAUAUUUGUCCAUGGUCAUGAUAUUGUUCACCCUAGGCUCCAUUCUGGGUCCCAUCAUCGGCGGUGCUAUUGUCGACAACACGACGUGGCGUUGGGGAAAGUUCGCCCGUGAGCCUAUCAUGCCUCUUCGGGUCUACAACAACAUGUCUUGUGCUUUGGGCUACGGCAUUACCUUCUUGCACGGCAUCGUCCUCAGCUGGCUCAGCUUCUUUCUUCCAGUAUACUUUCAAAUUCUCCUCGAGUCCACCCCUCUGCAGUCUGGGGUCAAACUCCUCGCCGUUGUCAUCCCUCUUGCCCCGGCUGGAAUGGCCGGCGGCAUCGCUAUAGCUGUAACCGGUCACUGCAAGAUGGUCAUAGUUGCCGGUUUUGUCCUCCUGUCAAUAGCGGUCGGCUGCAUGACCACACUGAAUGCCAACUCCUCCACCGCCAUUUGGAUCGCGUUCCAAGUUCUCGCCGGAUUGGGCGGCGGUCUCUCCCUGACCGCUACCCUGCCCGCUGUCCAGGCGCCGGUGCCCGAAUCAGAUGUGGCCAUCGCCACCGCCGCAUGGGCUUUCGCGCGGUCUUUUGGAGCUAUAUGGGGUGCCGCCAUCCCUUCCGCCGUCUUCAAUUCCCGUUUCGACGAGCUUCUCCAUCUUAUCCCUGAGCCGUCGGUGCGUGACCUGCUCUCCCACGGUGGCGCAUACGAGCAUGCCAUCCGUGUGUUCAUUAAGCAGUUUGACGCUCAGCCAGUGCUCAAGGAACAGAUCAUCCAUGUGUAUACUGAGUCACUCAAGAGAGUUUGGGCUGUUUUAAUUCCGUUUGCUGUUGUUCCUAUUGUUCUGGCUCUCUGCAUGAAGGAGGUUGAGUUGAGCCAGGAGCUCAAAACCGACUUCGGGCUUAAAGAAACGCCGGAAGAUGGGAAGAUAAAUAAUAGAAGUGUUAUAGUGAGCUACAUAUUGAAUAAUGUGUUCCAUUAA